UCAUGAGGUCACUUCCUGCGGGUGUGAGCUGCUCCAUGGCUCUGCUUUGUAUGGACAUGGUGGGGGAUUUUUGACAGCGGCAGCGCUGUUGGGAAACAAACAAGGACGUGGUCGGGGUCGGGGACUAUUUUUUCUCCCCCUCUCUUGCUCGCUCCUCUCUCGAUCUUGCACCGAUCGCUUCUCAAACCUGCGAGAUUUCCCGAGGAUAUGGCGUCUUCGGAUUGGGCUGUCUGUCGUAAGUCUGAUGAGUGAGAGUGCCGGCAUCCCGCUCCUCCACCGCAAUGGUCGACAUGGAGAGCCACUACCAUCCCCCUUCGCCCUUGGAGGACUCGGUGUUGGGCAGCCCCCUGUGCGCCGAUGACGACUUCAUUGGCGGCAUGGAGGAGCUCCAGGACAUCUCCCAGUCCAUCAACAACAACACCCUCAACUCCCUUGAUGUCCCCGAAUACCAGUCCUCCAGCAAUGGCUCUGAAAGUUCCACUGUUCUAGAUGCCUUGACGCCAGCAUCCAGCCCGUCGUCGGUCGUUUACGGGAUGGCAGCGGGCCAGGAGGAGUUCUCAACUUCCUCCUCAUCGCUCAACCUGGAGUGUCGAGUUUGUGCUGACCGCGCCUCGGGCUAUCACUAUGGAGUCCACGCAUGCGAGGGCUGCAAGGGUUUUUUUCGGCGGACCAUCCGUCUGAAGCUGGAGUAUGACAGGUGUGAGCGUCGCUGCAAGAUCCAAAAGAAGAACCGCAACAAGUGCCAAUACUGCCGCUUCCAAAAGUGCCUGUCAGUGGGCAUGUCCCACAACGCUAUCCGUUUUGGUCGGAUGCCCCAGUCAGAGAAGCUAAAGCUGAAGGCAGAGAUGGUAACGGGGGACAGAGAGGUGGAAGACCCCCAGAUAGCCGACCAGAAGACGCUGGCCAGGCAGAUUUAUGAGGCCUACCUCAAGAACUUCAACAUGAACAAGGCCAAGGCUCGAACCAUUCUUACCGGCAAGACCAGCACCCCUCCUUUCGUCAUCCAUGACAUGGAGACCCUCCAGCUGGCAGAGCAGACCUUGGUGGCGAAGAUGGUCGGCUCGGCGGGAACGCUGAAGGACAGGGAGGCAGAAGUUCGGAUUUUCCACUGCUGCCAGUGCACGUCGGUGGAAACCGUCACCGAGCUCACAGAGUUUGCAAAGUCCGUCCCCGGGUUCUCAAAUCUGGACCUCAACGAUCAGGUUACUCUUUUGAAAUACGGCGUUUACGAGGCCCUCUUCGCCAUGCUUGCCUCCAGCAUGAACAAGGACGGGCUUCUUGUAGCGUACGGCUCAGGCUUCAUCACGCGGGAAUUUCUCAAGAGCUUGCGGCGACCGUUCAGCGAUAUGAUGGAGCCGAAGUUUCAGUUUGCAAUGAAGUUUAAUGGGCUGGAGCUGGACGACAGUGACCUGGCUUUGUUUGUGGCCGCUAUCAUCUGCUGUGGAGACCGACCGGGCCUGGUGAAUGUGGCGCACAUCGAGCAAAUGCAGGAGAGCAUCGUGCAGGUGCUACAGCUCCAUCUGCUGGCCAAUCACCCAGACGACAGUUUCCUCUUCCCCAAACUGCUGCAGAAACUGGCUGACCUCCGGCAGCUGGUCACCGAGCACGCACAGCUGGUGCAGGAGAUCAAAAAGACAGAGGACACCUCGCUUCACCCACUCCUGCAGGAGAUCUACAGAGACAUGUACUGA